AUGUCGUCCAACCGCACCAGCACCACGGCGGUGGCGGUGGCGGUGGCGCCGCUCAGCGCCAGCAAGACCAAGACCAAGAAGAAGCAUUUCGUGUGCCAGAAAGUGAAGCUGUUUCGGGCGAGCGAGCCGAUCCUGAGCGUCCUGAUGUGGGGGGCCAACCACACGAUCAAUGAGCUUAGCAGCGUUCCAGUCCCAGUCAUGUUAAUGCCAGACGACUUCAAGGCCUACAGCAAGAUCAAGGUGGAUAAUCAUCUCUUCAAUGAGGAGAACCUACCCAGCCGUUUUAAAUUUAAAGAGUACUGCCCCAUGGUGUUCCGAAAUCUCCGGGAGAGAUUUGGGAUUGAUGAUCGGGAUUACCAGAACUCAGCGACACGCAGUGCUCCUGUCAACAGUGACAGGGCAGAUGUGACACGUUUCCUCACCACCUAUGAUCGUCGCUUCGUCAUCAAGGCUGUGUCAAGUGAGGAUGUGGCAGAAAUGCACAACAUCCUAAAGAAAUACCACCAGUUCAUAGUGGAAUGUCAUGGAAACACCCUUUUGCCCCAAUUCCUGGGCAUGUACCGCCUGACUGUGGAUGGUGUGGAGACCUACAUGGUGGUCACUAGGAAUGUGUUCAGCCACCGGCUGACUGUACACCGAAAGUAUGAUCUCAAGGCCUCCACUGUUUCCAGAGAAGCAAGUGACAAAGAAAAGGCCAAGGAUUUGCCGACCUUCAAAGACAAUGAUUUCCUCACUGAAGGACAGAAGUUGCAUGUAGGGAAGGAGAGUAAAAAGAAUUUCCUGGAGAAAUUAAAACGGGAUGUGGAGUUCCUGGCCCAGCUUAAAAUCAUGGAUUAUAGCCUUCUGGUGGGCAUCCAUGAUGUGGACCGGGCGGAGCAGGAGGAGAUGGAAGUUGAGGAGCGGGCAGAGGAUGAGGAAUGUGAGAAGGAUGGGGUGGGCGAACCUGCUCUGCUCUACGGCACACCCCCUGACAGUCCCGGUAACCUCCUCAACUUCCCCCGAUUCUUUGGCCCUGGGGAGUUUGACCCAUCUGUGGAUGUUUAUGCCAUGAAGAGCCACGAAAAUGCACCUAAGAAAGAGGUAUAUUUCAUGGCCAUCAUUGACAUCCUCACACCCUACGACGACAAGAAAAAAGCUGCACAUGCUGCCAAAACAGUGAAACACGGGGCUGGGGCGGAAAUUUCAACCGUGAACCCUGAGCAGUACUCCAAGCGCUUCAAUGAAUUCAUGUCCAACAUCCUGACAUAGUCAUCAUCUGCCUGCAGCCAGAACCAGAGUGCUGGGGUGGGA